UUUUGUCAUGAUAGUUAUAUUGAAAAAUACAGGUACGUACUUUAUUUCUCCCUCCUCUCUCUCUUGUCGACUCAAUCGGGAAACGAGGAAAACGGGCGCAACGCUUUCACUCAGGGCCGAAGGAUCUGUGAAUUCGACGCUUAGUGGCCGGAAAAGUGAAAUCACACGCAAAUGGCAACUCCUCCACCACCGACGGCCCCGCCAGGGAUUGGGAAUUUUGAGGGGGGACCGUUGCCAGCAGCGCCUCAGCCUCCAGGCACGGACAUGACUGGAAUUUGCUUUAGAGACCAACUUUGGCUCAAUACUUACCCUCUUGAUCGAAACUUGGUUUUCGAUUAUUUUGCCUUGUCCCCUUUCUACGACUGGACUUGUAACAACGAACAACUCAGAAUGCGCUCCAUUCACCCCCUCGAUCUCUCUCAACUCUCAAAAAUGACAGGUAUAGAGUACAUGCUGAAUGAAGUUAUGGAGCCUCACCUUUUCGUUUUCAGAAAGCAAAAAAGGGAUGGUCCUGAGAAAGUCACACCGAUGCUGACUUAUUAUAUCUUGGAUGGUUCAAUUUAUCAGGCGCCUCAGCUUUGCAAUGUUUUUGCUGCCCGAGUUAGUCGGGCACUAUAUUACAUAUCGAAGGCCUUUACCACUGCUUCCUCAAAGUUGGAGAAGAUAGGAUAUGUUGAUUCUGAAAAUGAGGGUGAAGAAGUAAAACCUGCAAAAGAAACCAUUAACUUUAAGGAAGUAAAGCGAGUUGAUCAUAUUCUUGCAUCCUUACAGCGCAAGCUGCCACCUGCCCCACCACCCCCACCAUUUCCUGAAGGCUAUGCUCCUGCCCCCACAGCAGAAACAGAAAAAGGCCCUGAAAAUCCGCUAGGAGAGUCACAACAGCCUCCAGCAGAUCCCAUUAUUGAUCAGGGUCCAGCUAAAAGGAUGAAAUUUUAAAGAGUUUAUGCUACCUUGCCCAUCUGACUUGAGAAACCUAUUUAAACCUGCAAUUGAAAUCAAUUCAUCACGGAUUAACAUGCCUGCACAAAGCAUGGUGAGUUGUCAAACCACCACCUGUAGAAUCAGUAUUGUGAAAAGCCUGUAAUUAUAGAUGAUGUUAGUUGACUAAUGGAUGCAUUAUUCAUUGUUUUAGCAGUAACUUGUACUACAUUACCAUGUGACCAUGACUUCCUGAUUUUGUAAGCUAGAACUGUUUGAUAUACUUACCACCAGGUUCUGUGUCUUUGGCACUAUAUUGAUAACUUGGGAAGAAGUGUUUUAAAAUUGAACAUGGGAAUAUAGUCCUGCAAUGUUCUGGGGUUGAGUAAUAAAGCACUUAAAUGGUUGAGAACUA